CUCUCUCUCAUCUAUUUCUCUUUCAGAGUGCUCUCUCUGUCUUUUCCUUUACCUUCCUUCUUGCUUUUCUCUUUCCUCUCUGAUUGUUUCUACAAACCCAAAAAAACCCAUCUUUCUUUAUCUUUUCUUUCAUCCUCAAGAACCAAAAAAAAUGCUGAAACUAACCAAACCCAUAUAACAAUUCAUCUUCUACCAAAUGAGUUCUUCCAGAACCUGAUUUUACCCCUUAUUAAUCUAUCUGUCUCCUCUUUCUUUCUCUAGGACUUGUUUUUCAGAUGGGUGUUGUGUUGGAAUUGUGGGUUAUCUUCAUUUUCCUUCUUGUGUUCUCUUCACAAGUUCAGGUUUCGAAUUCCCAAAACCUGACUUGCAAUUCGAACGAUCUCAAGGCACUAAAGAGUUUCUUGAUUGGGUUAGAUUCAGGGACUUUUAAUGAUUGGGGAAGCUCAAAUUCAACUUCUACAAACCCUAAUUGCUGUAAUUGGUUAGGAAUCACCUGCAAUUCAUCUUCUUCUCUUGGUUUUCUCAACGAUUCUAUCGAUUCUGGUAGGGUUGUGAAAUUGGAUCUCUCACGGAAGAGAUUGACGGGCAAACUCAACGAAACUACUUUCACUGGUUUAGACCAACUCAGAACCCUAAACCUCUCAAACAAUUUCCUCCGAGGCUCUCUUCCUCCAUCUCUGUUUCAAAUGCCGCAUCUACAAGUCAUCGACCUCAGCAAAAACGAUUUCUCUGGUUCAAUUCCGAUGAAUUUCAACCUCCCUUUUCUCGAGAUCUUCGACAUUUCUUAUAAUUCAUUCAAAAGCUCGGUUCCUGUGAAGAUUUGUAUAAAUUCGACUCGAAUUCGGAUCAUUGAUUUUGCUGUGAAUUACUUCUUUGGUGGAAUUCCAUCUGGGUUUGGGAAUUGCAGCUCCUUAGAACACCUCUGUCUCGGUGAAAAUUUUCUCACCGGACAUAUACCGGAGGAUAUUUUCUUGUUACCGAGAUUGAAUCAGUUGGGUCUUCAGGAUAAUAAGUUUUCGGGUCAGCUCAGCACUGGAAUUGGUAAUCUCUCUGAUCUUGUUCGUUUGGAUAUAUCAUUGAAUUCCUUUUCAGGGCCUAUUCCUGAUGUUUUUCAUAGAUUUACAAAGUUACAAGAAUUUUAUGCUCAAUCCAAUAAUUUUUCCGGUGGAAUUCCCUAUUCUCUGGCGAAUUCUAGGUCCAUCACUUCACUUGUUUUGAGAAACAAUUCUCUGAAUGGUGUAAUUCGUUUGAAUUGUUCGGAAAUGACCAGUCUGAUAUCGCUCGAUUUAGCCACUAAUCAGUUCACCGGGCCAGUUCCCAAUUAUCUCCCACUCUGUCCGCACCUGAAAACAAUUAAUCUUGCGCGAAACAACUUCACUGGCCAAAUCCCAGAAAGCUUUAGGAAUUUUCAUGGCCUGUCCUCAUUUUCCGUAUCGAAUUCAAGCAUUUCUAACCUCUCAGCUGCCCUUGAUAUCUUGCAGCAUUGCCAGAACUUGACUACUUUGGUUCUUACCUUGAACUUUCAUGAUGAACAAUUGCCUUCCUAUCCUAGUCUAGGGUUUAAAAGUCUGAAGGCUCUCAUUAUUGCCAAUUGCAGACUCACUGGUGUGUUUCCCCAGUGGUUGAGUGGAUUAACAAAUUUGCAGUUGUUGGAUUUAUCAUGGAAUCAAUUGGAUGGAACAAUUCCGCCAUGGUUGGGUAAUUUUAAGUUUUUGUUUUACAUUGACUUGUCGAACAACUCUUUUACCGGAGAGAUACCGAAGAACCUGGCUGGAUUAGGGUGCCUCAUCUCCGGGGAUGUCUCACUGGAAGACCCUUCUCUGGAUUACCCAUUCCCAUUUUUCGUGAAACGAAACAUUAGCGGAAGAGGGUUGCAGUAUAAUCAAAUUCGGAGCUUUCCACCAACACUGGCCCUCAGCAAUAACUUUCUCACCGGACCCAUCUGGCCCGAGUUUGGGAACCUGAAAAAGUUGCAUUGUUUGGACCUGAAAUGCAACGAUUUAUCUGGAAGUAUUCCUGUGAAUUUGUCAGGAAUGACGAGCAUAGAGUCUUUGGAUUUGUCCCAUAACAAUCUCUCUGGAACUAUACCUCUUUCAUUGGUAAAUCUCACUUUUCUGUCGAAGUUCAAUGUUGCUUACAAUCAACUGUAUGGGGCAAUCCCUACUGGAGGGCAGUUUCCAACUUUUCCAAACUCAAGCUUUGAAGGGAACCUAGGUCUAUGUGGUGAACAUUCUUCCCCAUGUCCGAUUAGCAAUCAAGUUCCUCGAGUCUCUCCUAGUAAGUCAAACAGGAGAGGGGUUAUUGUUGGAAUGGCUGUUGGGAUUGGAUUUGGGACAAUUUUUCUUCUUGCUCUUAUGUACUCGAUUGUUUUGCGGGUAUGUAGGCGACAAGAGGUUGAUCCUGAAAAAGAGGAUGUCGAUGAUAACAAGAAGGAUUUGGAAGAACUUGGAUCGAGAUUAGUGGUUCUUUUCCAAAACAAGGACAACAGUAAAGAGCUCUCCCUUGAUGACUUGAUGACAUCUACUAACGACUUUGAUCAAGCGAACAUAAUUGGGUGUGGGGGCUUCGGUUUGGUCUAUAAAGCCAUGCUUCCUGAUGGUAGGAAAGUUGCUAUCAAACGGCUCUCUGGUGAGUACGGUCAGAUGGAGAGAGAAUUUCGAGCCGAAGUUGAAACCCUCUCUAGAGCUCAACAUCCGAAUCUCGUCCUUCUGCAAGGAUAUUGUAACUAUAAAAACGACCGGCUUUUGAUAUACUCUUACAUGGCGAAUGGUAGUUUGGAUUAUUGGUUACAUGAGAAACUUGAUGGGCCUUCCUCACUUGAUUGGGACACAAGGCUUCAGAUCGCUCAAGGGGCGGCCAGAGGGCUCGCUUACUUGCACCAAUCGUGCGAGCCCCAUAUCCUUCACCGAGACAUAAAGUCUAGUAACAUUCUUCUAGAUGAGAAUUUCGAAGCUCACUUGGCCGAUUUCGGUCUUGCGAGGCUCAUACUUCCAUAUGACACACAUGUCACUACCGAUCUUGUUGGGACGUUAGGCUACAUUCCCCCCGAGUAUGGCCAAGCUUCGGUUGCAACUUACAAAGGCGACGUGUAUAGUUUUGGAGUUGUCCUUUUGGAGCUUCUCACCGGAAAGAGGCCAAUGGAUAUUUGCAAGCCUAAAGGAAGCCGGAAUUUGAUCUCGUGGGUAUUUCAAAUGAAGAGGGAGAAAAGGGAAAGUGAGGUGUUUGAUGCCUUCAUCUACGACAAGGAUCAUGGUAAGGAGAUGUUGUGUGUUCUUGAGAUCGCUUGCCUUUGCUUAUGCGAAUGCCCUAAAGCGCGGCCUUCUACUGAGCAGCUGGUUUCUUGGCUCGACAACAUUGAUCUUGACAUCUUCCCUCCUCCCAAUGUGUGAGUAUGCAAAUCUUAUAUGCCUGAAAAAUCGUAUUGUUCAUUUCUUUUUUUAUUAGAAAUUUUGUUGCUUCUACAUAUGAGAAUUUGUAUCUUGAAUUUGCAUAUGAUGUAAAUACCUAGCAAAAUAAAUAAUAGUACUUGGGAAGGGUCUAACAUGAGCAACAAUAACAGAUAUUUUUUACUUUUAAAAAUAUUAGUAGUUUCUUUAUCAUUGAGGAGAAAUUUGCUUCUCAAAACAUGUAUAAAAUAAAUUCCCAGAAAUUUUGUA